UGCUUUAGCCGAUAGAGGUCGCUUUCUACAGUGAAAGCGGAAGUAACCUUUUAAACCGGUCAUAAUAAUUGAUUUUGCGCCUUUAAUCGUUUAUCUUGUUUUGUUGUUUUAGGAGUUCCACAAUAUAUCAAAAAGGUCACAUAGUCUGAAGUUAAGGAAUGGCGAAACGGAAGUAUGUAGAAAACAGUAGUUCAGCUGAGGAAAGUGAUGGGUCUGAGGAGGAAAGUACUCCAAUGAGAGUAACGAGAAGAUCUUCAGUCAAUCCGGUCAUAAAUACCCCAACAGGCAACAGUUCUACAGCACCUAAGGUAAAGAAAAGAAAGUUGUCUGGAUCAUCAACAGUAGAACCAGUAGAAGUAGCACCGAAUACUGAAAUUGAAUCUGAUGCAGAGUCUGAAUCAUCGGCCGUUACUCCACGUACAACAAGAUCAAAGGCUAAAGAGUCUCCCGAGACGAAAUCAAAAGACAAAAGUGCAGUAGUCUCAAAUACAAAAUGUAAGACCAAAGAGUCUAUUGAAGGUUCUGAAAAGACAGAAAAAAUAAGUAAAAGCAAAAGUGUUAUUAAAGACACAGAUUCAGAAAUUGGGGAAACAGAUAAUAAAAAUAAGACACAAACAAGUGCGGACACAAUCUCAGAAUGUGGGGAUAUAGAGAAAGAAAAAGCGAAGACAAAUCGAUCUAAAUGUGGAAAAGCGGGUAAGGCUGGGAAAGGCAAGUGUAAGAGCAAGUCGGUAACAAGUAAGAGCCCAGAGGAUCCUUUAAUGGCCGAGUGGGCGGAUAAGCGACCAACACCAUCCAUGGACUAUAAUGAAACAAAUGCUAAAUGUCCUCUGCCAGGUUGUGAUUCUAAAGGUCAUCUUACAGGAAAACAUGAAUCACACAGGACAUUGUCUGCAUGUCCUCUAUAUCACAAUACAACAGCACAGGAAUGUAAGGACAGAUAUGAUGAAAGACAGAAAUCUGCUGAUGAAAGACAACUCUUCAUUAAUUCACUCACAGAUAGAAAGGGUCUACGCAGACAGCAUGCUAAUGAUGAUCAGAAAGCUAAAUUAGAAAUAAUAGAGAAGGCAAGGAAGAACAUUCCAGAGGAGACCGAUGAAAUCAAGGCAUCACAUAAAGAACAUUCAGACAAAUAUGAGAAGUCCAGACAACCGUUACUAAAUGGUUUAGCCUCGGAAUACGAUCUAAAACUAUUUUACGACGCCCAGGCUAGAGCAUGUGAACAGCGUGAACAUGAGAUGAGCGUCCAUUAUCAGCGGUUUGACAACCAGGAGUAUCGAAUAAAGAAACUGGAGAUCGGUCGAUACGAGAUGUCAACGUGGUACUCCAGCCCUUAUCCCGACGAGUAUGCUCGUCUGCCUAAAAUCUACCUGUGUGAAUUCUGUUUGAAGUAUAUGAAAACAGCAACCAUAUUGAGAAGACAUGUGGCUAAAUGUGUAUGGAGACACCCUCCAGGAGAUGAGAUUUACAGAAAAAAUAAUAUUUCUGUGUUUGAAGUGGAUGGAAAGAAAAACAAGGUAUAUUGUCAGAAUUUAUGCUUGCUGGCCAAGUUAUUUUUAGAUCACAAGACACUAUAUUUUGAUGUUGAGCCAUUCCUGUUUUAUGUGAUGACAGAAAAUGAUACACAUGGUUGUCAUAUACUGGGUUACUUCUCCAAG